GGAAGGGGCUGAAGUUUGAGGAGCUCGAGCGGCGGCAGAGGACGAAAGUACCUGAGGCGCGACACAGCCUCGUCAAACAGCCCGUCCGACACCGCUCUGCCGCCCGCCCUCCGAACACCACAGCGCCGGGGAGACGCACACACACACACACACAGAGAGAGAGGAAGGGGGUGAAGGCGGCUGAGCAGCCAAAGUUUCAUCAUCAUCGUUUUUUUUUCUCUCUCACCCAUUUAAAUCGGCGCGACGGUUGGGAGGAGGAGGAGAGGGGGGGAGUUCCGUUGCCAGGGAAACGAUGGCUCGCAAGCCCGAGGAGAUCAACCGGCUCACGGAGAACACCUACAAGACUGUAAUGGAACAAUUUAAUCCUGGUUUACGGACUCUUGUCGUUCUGGGCAAAAACUAUGAAAAAAGUAUCAGUGCUAUGGUGACUUCAGGAAAGACAUACUUUGAUGCCGUUGCAAAAUUAGGAGACCUGACUGGCCAGUCUCCAGUCUCCAGAGAACUCGGACACAUCUUAACAGAUAUUUCAGAAGUGCACAAGAAGCUCAACCUAGAUUUGGAAGAAAGUUUUAAGAAGUUCCAUAGAGAGAUCAUAGCUGAAUUGGAUCGAAAAACAGAACUGGAUGUGAAAUACAUGAAUGCAACACUUAAGAAAUACCAAACAGAACAUAGAAGUAAGCAGGACUCUCUUGAAAAGUCUCAAGCAGAGCUAAAGAAACUAAGACGAAAAAGUCAAGGGACAAAAAAUGCACAUAAAUAUGAAUACAAAGAACAGGAGUUCAUAGCAAACAUCAGCUCAAGAGAACAUGACAUUCAGAAAUUUAUUAAUGACGGCUGCAAAGAGGCUUUACUUGAAGAAAAGAGACGGUUCUGUUUCCUGGUAGAAAAACACUGCAACUUUUCCCAAGACAUAUGCAAUUAUCAUGAUAAGGCCAAAGGACUACUUAGUGCCAAACUGGUGAGCUGGCAAGAAAAAUGCUUGGACUCUACCAAGACGCCAGAGUUUUUGAUGGACGAUACCUAUAGCACUGCCUCUUACGUAUUAAGAACUCCUCAGCCUUCUCCGUCAGUGGAAAGAUACCAAAUGGGAUAUGAUUCUUCAGCACAGAAUACUUUGAAAAUACCACCAGCUCCUCCAGGAAGAGUUCAGAUAAGUCCCCUAGCAGAUAUGUUCAACCCAUCAACUCAUUACAUAAGCAAUAUGGAGAAAACCCUUGAUGCACCAGAGGAUAGCCAUUUACAGAGAUCUACUUCUGUUGCAACUGGACUAAAUAUGGUUCAACGACCAAAGGUGAAAACCAUCUUCCCACACAAUGCAGGAAAUAACAAGACAAUGCUGAGCUUUUCAGAAGGUGAUGUUCUCACCCUCCUUAUACCAGAGGAAAAAGAUGGCUGGCUAUAUGGAGAGCACGACAUUACAAAAAUGAGAGGGUGGUUUCCAUCUUCCUACACCAGGACUCUAGAAGGCAUUCGAGAUCAGUCACCUGCACAUAGCCCAGUUCCAGUUCGGAGCAUCAGCACUCUGAAUCUUGCAGAGAGGUCAAAAGUUGUCCUGCCUCCUCCAGAUUACUUGGUCUCAUCUGAUUCAUAUCAGAAUAUGAAUCCAUCAAAAGGUUCAAAACUGAAUUUGUACAACAGUGCCACAAGCCGGGGAUUUGCACCCAAGCAGGACAACACAAAUUCAAAUUCUGAGAUGAAUGGCAUCAUGAAACCACCUUUCCUGAGUGACGGAAAUCCUUUUGCUACUGUAAAACUUCGACCAACAGUAACAAAUGAUAGAUCAGCACCAGUUAUUUAAGGCAUGCGUUACAACUCUCUGUGUAUUGGUGGAAACCCUAUAGAUGCCAUUCUAAAUGAAUGUUAUAUAUAGAAUGUUUGGAUCAUUCCUUCUGCACAAAAUCUUUGCAGAUUUGUUUAACAUCAAGUUAUUUAUGCUUCUGUUUAAAAUUAAUCUCUGGAUUCAUCUCAUUGCAAAAUGCUACUAUUUUAUGUUCAUGAUGAUGGUGGGACAGAAGACAAUCUACUAGUGGAAGAAAGCAGCAUUUACAGCUCUUCAUACUUAAAGAAUUUUUUAAUUGGGACAUGAGUUCUCUGUUUCAAAAUGCUGUUGCCACCGAAAAAUUCUCAUGUACCUGUUUUCUGUUUGCAUAUACUAUAAAUAGAAAUAUUCUUGCUUCACUAUUUGGUAUCUAGCCAAAAACUGUACACUUUAUAGCCUGUUGUGGAUCAUUCAUGAGCUAGGUAUGUCUGGAGCAGCCAUAGCACGUACUAUAGUAGCCAUUCUGAGGGUGCCGGCCAUGAUUUGCCUCUGAUCGCGUAACAGAAACAGGCCUUGAGCUCUUAGGCAGAUGUUGAUGAAACUAGUGACACACUGCUACAUAUUUUCCAUUGGUAUCUAAUGGCAAGGGGAGGGAAAAGUAAGGAGGGUGUGGGUACCAGCCUUAUAUAAUUAAUUAUAACCCGUCCCAAUUCUUUUCUCAGGGAUGUAUGUUUUAUUGUUUCUUUUCCCGCUACACAACUCUUUAUUCUAUCUGGAGAUUUUAGGAGCUGGGACUUCAUUUACCCAAAAAUGUACAGUUCCGAAUCUUGUCUCAUCCUCUUCUCCCCCGUAUUGCAUUGUAGGCUGUUAGCCUGCCCAGAACCUAUACUUUACCUAUGAUCAUCGAAACUCAUCUGUGUAUUCAUGAAAUGUAAUUUGCUGAGUUCAGUUUACCCAAGAUGCAAUUUGAAUGUAUCAGCCAAAAGAUUUAAGAAUUUAAAUAUAAAAGGCAGACACCACAGAUUUUGUUUUUUUUAAAAAA